UAUGUUCAUUCCUUCCAAUCCAGAAGCUCUCCCUCUGCUGUGCGCUAGCGGGAGGAGGGCGCACGGUGUCUUUCGCUCCUGCCCACUCUUCUCGUAGUGAUCUGUCUGUUCGUCUUUGCGUCUUGGAGCUGGAAUUUGGGAAGUGGAAAUGCCACUGUUACUUUCACAGUUGGCGUCAAGUCGAAUGAGAGUGACCCUCUGACAUUCUACUCUGUCGGUCAGACAGCGCGCAUCGGGAAAGGGCCGAACCGUUACCGAACGAACGCAGUCAAAAGGAAUAGGAAUUAGGGAUUUUAGACGGGGUAGUAGUGAGUGUAUGAGAUAUUAUUGAAUCUUUUAAGUUUUUUAUUCCACUUUUGAUAUACAAUUAUCAGUUAUCGAUUGAUAGCCUAACUAUUGGGGCACUUUAGGCGUCUGGAUUUUCGUAAUCAACAAUUGUUUUCUGCGAUUGGAUUAUUAUUAUUAUUAUUUUUCUGGGAAAUGGCAAGUUCUUAUUCUGCGAGAGAAACACGACUUUCCGAGGAAAGAGGAAAUAGCCGCUGAAAAAGCUACUAAAGGAUGCUGGCAACCUGAAGCUGUCAGACGAAUUUCUCCUACAUUUCUGAGACAUUUGUUGUUUUGCUUUCAGGACUAUAAAACGGUGGAAAUAUCAAAGUUUAUUUUUAUUUUUUCUUCUUUAUUUUUUUUGGACAGAUUUGUGUGUUUUACACAAUACAAUGAUGUAUUGUGGAUAUAUACUGUUAUUUUCAACCCAACUCAUUGUUGUGGCUCCAUUGAUUCAAAGCGUUGCAGAUAAAUGUGGAGAUAACAUUGAGAUAACCAAUGCAGAUUAUCUCACCUCGACUGGCUAUCCGACCUCAUACCCUCCAUCACAGCAAUGUAUGUGGGUGAUAUCAGCCCCAGAACCGGGCCAGAAGAUACUCAUCAACUUUAACCCUCAUUUUGAUCUGGAGGACCGAGAAUGCAAGUAUGACUAUGUGGAGGUGUUUAACGGUGGGGACGAGAAGGCUCCAACCCUGGGGAAGUUCUGUGGGAAGAUCGCCCCCUCCCCUAUCAUCUCAAGCGGCAGCCAGCUUCUCAUCAAGUUUGUGUCCGACUACGAAACCCACGGGGCUGGAUUCUCCGUACGUUACGAGGUCUUCAAGACAGGGCCUGAGUGCUCCAGAAACUUCACCUCGUCCAAAGGCGUUAUAAAGACGCCAGGCUUCCCAGACAAGUACCCCAACAACCUGGACUGCACCUUCAUGAUCAUCGCCCCCAAGAUGUCCGAGAUCGUGGUGGACUUCGACGCCUUCGACAUGGAGCCUGACACCACCCCUCCACCCGGGGCACUGUGUCGCUACGACUGGCUGGAGAUCUGGGACGGGUUCCCUGCAGUGGGUCCCCACAUCGGGCGGUACUGUGGUAACAGCAGUCCUGGACGGGUCAUCUCCUACACUGGGAUCCUGUCUAUGACCAUCAACACUGACAACGCCAUCGCCAGAGAGGGCUUCUCAGCCAAUUACACUGUCAGAGAGAAGAGCCUGCCACAGGGACAGACACCAGAGGAUUUUAAGUGUGUGGAGGGCCUGGGGAUGGAGUCAGGGGCGAUCACCUCGGAUCAGAUCACUGCCUCCUCACAGUACAACUCUAACUGGUCUCCUGAGCGCUCCAGACUCAACUACAAAGAGAAUGGCUGGACCCCCUCUGAAGACUCCAGCAGAGAGUGGAUUCAGGUGGACCUGGGAUUUCUCCGCUUUGUCUCAGCCGUGGGAACACAGGGCGCCAUCUCCAAGGAAACCAAGAAGGAGUACUUUGUCCGCUCCUACAAAGUGGAUGUGAGCUCCAAUGGAGAGGACUGGGUCACAAUAAAGGAGGGCUCAAAGCAGAAGAUUUUCCAGGGGAACCACAACCCUACAGAUGUGGCCAGGUCGUUCCUGCCCAAGCAGACCCUGGCACGCUACGUCCGCAUCAGACCCAUGUCCUGGGAGACAGGCAUAUGCAUGCGCUUCGAGGUUUACGGCUGCAAGACCUCAGACUACCCCUGUUCAGGCAUGCUGGGGAUGGUCUCCGGACAGAUCUCAGACGCCCAGGUCACUGCGUCGUCGCACGCGGAGCGUGGUUGGGUACCGGAAAACGCCAGGUUGCUGACCGGGAGGUCGGGAUGGACCCAGCAACAGACCAGACAGCCCUUCAGGAACGAGUGGCUGCAGGUGGACCUGGGCCAGGACAAGCUGGUCAGCGGCCUGGUUAUCCAGGGAGGACACCACAGAGACAAGAAUGUGUUCAUGAAGAGGUUCAAGGUGGGUUACAGCAGCAACGGCUCUGACUGGACCAUGGUGAAUGAAGACAACGAUGCCAAGCCUACGAUCUUUAUUGGAAACCAGAACCAUGACACCCCAGAGCUGCGCACGCUGGGCCCUCUGCUUACUCGCUUCCUCAGGGUUUACCCAGAGAGAGCCACCCCCGAGGGCCUGGGCCUCAGACUGGAGCUGCUGGGCUGUGAGAUCCAGGAGCCCACAACUCUCCCACCGACCACGCCUGUAGCGAUCACGUUUGCUGUAACCACAUUCGCUGCCACCACGACCGCGUCUGUGACCACGCCUGCACCGACGUCAGAAGAGUGUGACGACGAGCAGGCCAGCUGUCACAGUGGAACAGGAACAGGAGGGGAGGACUACGACACAACAGGUGACACCACAGUGGCAGACCCUAUCAUGGAGGGAGACCGCAUACCAGAGUACCUGUGGUUUGCGUGUGACUUUGGCUGGGCGGGCAACCCGUCGUUCUGCGGCUGGACACUGGAGACGGAUGCGGGUGCUGGGUGGAUGAUUCAGACCAGCGGGGCCUCUACAGUCCACAAAGGACCCAACCUAGAUCACACAGGAGGUCCAGGAAAUUUCAUCUACAUGCAGCUGGCUGCUGAGACCGAAAGGAAGGAGGAGGAAGCAGAGGAGGAGAGGAUGGAGGAGAGGGUGGCACGCCUAGCCAGCCUGCCCGUCACCGCCCCUGACACAGACCUGUGUGUGUCCUUCUGGUACCACAUGUUCGGGGAGCACGCUGGCACCCUGCACAUCAAACAGAGCAGGGAGACAGAGGAGGGAUGGGCUGAGGCACCACUCUGGACUGUCAGUGGACACCAGGGCAGCCGAUGGAGGGAGGGACGAGUGCUGGUGCCCCACUCUAACACACCCUAUAAGGUGGUGAUUGAGGGAGUGGGAGACAGGAGCACAGGACAUAUCGCGCUGGACAAUAUCAAGAUCCUGGAUGGACUCACAACAGAGGAGUGUAAGGAUCCAGAUAUACCAGAGGCUCCUACGUCCCAGCCAACAGAGAUCUGCAUAUACCCAAUAGACCCAUACUACCCAGCGGUAGUGGAGAACAGCGAGCUGGGUGGCCCAGGCAACAUGCUGAAAACCCUGGACCCCAUCCUCAUCACCAUCAUCGCUAUGAGCGCUCUGGGGGUCUUGCUGGGGGCUAUCUGUGGUGUCGUCCUUUACUGUGCCUGCUCACACGGCCACAUGUCCGACAGCAGGAACUUGUCCGCUCUGGAGAAUUAUAACUUUGAGCUGGUGGACGGAGUCAAGCUAAAGAAGGACAGCAAGCUGAAUGCACAGAACAGCUACUCAGAGGCGUAAGCUAAAGGCGUGAGCUUCCUCUGAGGGAAGGGAGCACAAGCAGCCUCAUUGCUGGAGGAACUAGACCACCGGACGGAGGGUUGGGACCCAAACGGCACCGUAUUCCAUAUAUACUGCACUAUGUAGGGGAUAGGGUGCCCUGUAGUGCACUAUGUAGGGGAUAGGGUGCCAUUUUGGACGCAACCAGCCGUACAGAUGGUAGGAGGUUGUGACCGAGUCAUGAUAUUCUCAGGAGCUGCAGUGAAAGGAAUUUACCAGUAGGGGGCACUGUGUAUAAAGAAAAUGUGUACAGCAAAAAGGAUGAUUUAGUUUUGUGACGUGCUUUGUUUUUAUGUAAUCGGAUGCUGGUGUUGAGACCAAUUAAUAUGAAAGUAUUUAUCAUGUUUUUGUUAUUUUUCUUCUGAAAAUAUAUGAUUUUUCAUUUUUCUUCUGAAGUCAUUACUGUUUCACAGAAAGAAAGAGCAUAAAAACUUUGAUUCCCUAUCCUGACGUGCGGCUGGCUAUUUAGCUGGCCAUGUUAUAUUUCUGUUGUAUGUCUGCAUCGAUUUGUGCAUUUUGUGUGUGUGUGUGUGUGUGUGUGUGUGUGUGUGUGUGUGUGUGUGUGUGUGUGUGUGUGUGUGUGUGUGUGUGUGUGUGUGUGUGUGUGUGUGUGUGUGUGUGUGUGUGUGUGUGUGUGUGUGUGUAUCCAGAGGGGUGCUUGCCCUGGCCCUAGACCUGUGUCUAGUUCCGACAGUGCCUUUUGAAAGUUUGUGUUGCCUUUUCUCUACUGAUUCUGUUCAUAGCAGUACAUAGGCAUCCACUGGUAGAGUCUGAUUCUGUUUUGAUCACAGUAGUACAUAGGCAUCCACUGGUAGAGUCUGAUUCUGUUUUGAUCACAGUAGUACAUAGCAUCCACUGGUAGAGUCUGAUUCUGUUUUGAUCACAGCAGUACAUAGGCAUCCACUGGUAGAGUCUGAUUCUGUUCUGAACAUAAUUAUGUAUAAGCAUCAGCUGGUUAGAGUCUGAUUCUGUUCUGGUCAUAAGAGUGAGUAGGUAUCAGCUGGUUAGAGUCUGAUUCUGUUCUGAUCAUAGAAGUGCGUAGCCAUCGGUUGGUAGAGUCUGAUUCUGUUCUGAUCACAGCAGUACAUAGGCAUCCACUGGUAGAGUCUGAUUCUGUUCUGUACAUAGUUAUGAAUAAGCAUCGACUGGUAGAGUCUGAUUCUGUUCUGGUCAUAAGAGUGAGUAGGUAUCAGCUGGUUAGAGUCUGAUUCUGUUCUGAUCAUAGCAGUGCGUAGCCAUCGGCUGGUAGAGUCUGAUUCUGUUCUGAUCAUAGCAGUAAGUAGGCAUCCACUGGUAGAGUCUGAUUCUGUUCUGAUCAUCAUAGCAGUACAUAGGCAUCGGCUGGGGGAGUCAGAUUGGCAGGACUUCUUGCCAUCCCCAUAGUACAUGACACAUCCAACUUAUUGUACAUAGGUUUUAAUAUAUUUGAGCGGCCUUUUAUAUUAAAAAAAAAUACUAACUGCUGCAGUAUCCUUUCUUUGUGCUCUCUGUAUCAUAGGUGAUGUUGUCUGGAUGUCAUCAUGUAUUUAAUGGGUAUUUUGUGUUGUUAUGUUCCAUUGGUGCUCUCACAAUGCUGCCUGGGAAAAGAGUGUGUUAUUAUGGCCAUUGGUUAUGUUUGCUACAAAGGCCUAACAAGAGAGUGAAGAGCCCAUCGGCUGUGUCUGAAAUGACACCCUAUUCCCUAGAGUGCACUACGUGCCCUGAUCAAUAGUAGUGCACUAUAUAGGGAAUAAUGUGGCAUUUGGGACACAACCAGACAACAGACAUCUCUAGGAGAGAAAAAAUAUGUAUGACACUGCUAUGACAAUACUUGGGACAGUUUCCCAGACACAGAUUAAGAAUCUCUUUGAGAGUGCUUUUUAGUCCUGGACAAGGCUUAAUCUGGGUUCUGGGGAACUGGCCUUACAUGUCUAUGGUAGAAUGAUGGACCUUGCUAGAAUGAAAGAUACUCUUCUGCCAUGCUGUUUUCAUGUACUGUAGCUUACAUCCUAUGUGCUCUCCUUUUGUCUGUAUUGAACGCUAACGUAAAGAGUUCAUGAAAAACGGUGUACUAUAUAAAACGGCGAAAACAUGGAUCCAAGGUUCAAUGAAGGGAUGUAAUGUAGCUAUACCGUAUAUUCCUUCGGCCGGGGUCUAUCUGAGCUUCUAUGUUUCCUUCAUUCAGGGAACCUAGUUAGACAGCUGCUUCAUGGUUCUGCUUUGAACUCUUAAUGGUAUUCCAUAUUCCAUAGGAUUAGAAUCAUUGGAAUUAGAAUGAGUCAUUCCUGUAACUAUGGUUCCACCACUCAAAAAUGUAAGGGCCUAAUGUUUUGGUGUGGUCCUCUUCAAUAGGAAAGGAUGCUGCAGCAAUAGAUGUGAAAACAAUGUUGCACUGAUAUAUUUAAAAGAUCUUUGUGUUGUUUAUGAUAUUGUUUUGUGAAAAAAAGAGAGAGAGAGAAAGCGAGAGAAGGAUAAGACAGUGUUACAGAUAACUAUUUUAUAUGGUUUCAGAUAACAUGAUAUAAUUCUGAAAUGUACAAUUAUGGAGAUGUUUUUCAUUGUUGAAAAAGCUAUACACGUCUCUUUACUUACGUAAUGUUUAUAUUUAGUUGGUAUGUUAUAUCACCUUAUGUUUUUGUACUGUCACAAAUGUCUGUGCCAUUUUUUCUACAAAAUGUUUUUUUUUCCAAUACUGCUAAAUGUAAUUUGCCAUCCCAGAUAUAAAAAAAGAAAAAAAAAGAAAAAAUGAUUAAGCAGUUAAGGCCUUAUUGACUGAGAUAAUUAUGUUUCUAUACUUGGACCCAAAUGUCCGCAUUCCCUACACUGUGCAAUACCUUUGUCCAGGGCCCACAGGGCUUUGGUCAAAAGUAGUGCACUUUAAAGGGAAUAGGGUUCCAUUUGACUCCCUGGUCAGCUUCAAUACCUAUGUUGUCUCUGACUGAUCAAUGACUACUACAUUCCAAAGAAUUGGAUCAAAUAAAUGUUUGAAUAAGA